UUUUCUAUGAUUUUUCCAACAAUUUUUAUUAAAAUUUUAUUUUAAAUUGUUAUUUGUCUGAAAAAAAAAAUUGAAAUCAUGUCCUUCUUGUUACGUCGAUAUCUCAAUAGAACAUUCAUACAAUAUAGAUUUUUUCGCCAAUCUCUUAACCUUAAGCAAGAAAUGCCCGAUCCUUUGCAAUUAUGCACAGGUCUACAGAAAAAGGAAAUAGAAGCCUAUAUGGAGGGUAAUUGUGAUCCUUAUCAUAUGAAGGUUUUGAAAAGAGGCAGUGGUACUAAGGAAAAUCCCACCUUAAUACCAUCGGCCUUUAGUGGGCGUAUAGUGGGUUGUAUAUGUAAAGACAAUCGUUUUGUGAAUUACAUGUGGGUGGAAAAAGAUUGUCCGAAACGUUGUGAAUGUGGUCAUUGGUAUAAAUUAAAAGAAGUUGAAGGAUUUUCUUGAUUAUUUUCUGUUAGAUAUGUUUCAAGUUUAUUUUUUUUUUAAUGUAUUUUAAAACGAAAUUUUUCUUGUCCAUUCAAUACUUUUGAAAAGAAUCAUCCUCUAAAUUUA